AUGCAGCAGCAACAGCAAGAGCUUCUGAAACACCACAUUAAAAAUAUUCAAGUGAUUAAACAGCAAAUUCAUCAAUAUGAAGAUACAAAGCAUGCACUUGAAAAACUACAACGACUAUCCAUUCACGACGAUGAUGACGACUACGAGGCUAAAUGGAGGCAAAAUGUGUUUCACAAUUGUGCAAGAUUUCAACGUCGCCCAAAGAUGUCACACCUUUCACUAGAAAAGUUUGAGUGUAACGGGGAAUCUACCUCAGUGGGUGCACGAUGGGAGCGAUGGAAGCGAGCGCUAUUCAUCUACCUCGAAGCGGCUAAUAUUGACAGAGACAUCAAGAAAAGGACCUCUCUUCUACAUUUCGGCGGGCUAGACCUGCAGGAAGUAUUCUAUAACAUUCCUGGGGCCAACGUGGAACCAGCCGAAGGCGUAGACGUUUUUGAAACAGCGAUAUCAAAACUUGAUGCGUACUUUGCACCAAGACAAAGCAAAGUGUUCGAGAGACACACUUUCAGGCCCCUUAAACAAGAACCUGAAAAAUUCUAA